AUGCAAGCGAAAGCUCUGAGAUCUGAGAUUUCGCGCGGAUUGUCGUAUGCAUCUGCUAUUUACCUCCUGGAAAAUACUACGAUAAGCGCGAAUGAGGCGGUCAACAGCAACAUUGCUUCUGGAGAUGGCGGUGCACGGACGUUUCGCCUUGGAGGAAUAUCUAGGGACGAGGUAGACAUCCUUACAUUGACUAGCUCUUUGCUGUCCCUCCAGAAUGCUGCCAAACCGAAAUCUGCUCUGAAGACGACCCUGCUAUCUAUUGCGGAUUAUUAUGCAGGUGAUAUAGACAGCGAUCCAGAUGGAGAUGGGUUACUCGGAUUUGCCUCGGGACUCUCAGAUGAAAUUCGGGCGAGGCAAAAGCGGACUUUUGGUCACGAGUCUCUCGUUCGAGAUCAACACGAACGUAUACAGAAACUCGUAGGACAGAUAAACGCGGUACGUCCGCGCACCGCCGAGAACAAGGGCAUUCGGAUCUUUGAAUUGUUUGUUCGUUCCAGAUACAUCCAGGUUGGGGGAAAACUAUUGGAUGCGCUCACCACCCUGCCCUUAUUAGUGAAUGCCACCCGCGCUGUGCAGGCGGACGUUACCGCCAUCUCCAUCGAGGCAGCCCUGCUCAAGCUGUCCAUCCUCCGCUCCCGAGCUCACAUUGCGCUGUACGGCCACAGCUCUUAUAAAGCGCCCGGUGAUACCAUGAACCAGGCGCUUGCAGCUGCCCACAACAAGCUCCGCGUCAGGGAACGGGCGCAGGAGAAUGAAGAACACUAUCUUGGUGCAAAGUUCGCUUUAUACGAAGGCCUUCUUGGGCUUGUGGACAGGCGGGAGGGCGGGUUUGCCCAGGUGGUCGCGGAUAUGGCCCGGGUCAAGAAGGAGGCGGAAGAGUGCAAGAAGGACUUGCGACGGCUAGGUUGGACUGGAGACUGA